AUGGUUCUAGUCACGAUAACUUUCAACUUACCUCAAACUCUACAGCUUAUUACAUUAGCUCUAUAUUAUGCUUUUGUUAUGAUGGUGGCAGCAAUUUUGACGAAUAUUAACGAACAUUGUUUAGAAUUAGCGAAAGAAAAGAGAACCCCAGUAAGUGGAUUUUUGGAGGUUAAGUCAAAAUCCAUAACAUUGCGACAAAUGGAAUUAGCGUACGUUAAGGCGUUCGAAAUCAAAACUUAUAUAAAUGAAGUUUUUCAAGGGCCUAUUUUGGCGUCCACUAUACAAUGUUUUCACUCAGCAGCUAUCAUAAUCGGUCGGACCUUACAUAUGAUUCCAACUGAGAAGCAGGACUUACGGUGGUUAUUGGAGGUCGGUACUGUGUUUUCGCAUGAUGUCCUGUAUCUCUUAGAGGCCCGGUUCUUCCUUUUUUCAACUCCUCUAGCUGCACGAGAGCGUGUUUAUACACUACAGAACGCCAUGUGUGAUCGCUCGAAUUGCCGCCCCCUGGACGUGCCGCUAGCGUGCGGUGCGCGCAUUGCGCGCCUGCUUCCGGUGGACCUGGAAAAAGCUGACUACGCAUCCUGUGCCUAUGCAUUCUGGCUCGCC